AUGCGUGCACGGACCAUCGCAGCUGCAUCAGGUGCUACGAUGACUUCUCUCACAAUGACGCCCUUUGAUGUGAUCAAAACUCGGUUACAGACACAGUCAUCAGGCGCACCUCGACCCCCGUCUCUGCUCUUUCCCUAUCCUCCCCGUCCAUGUGCUUCUUGUGCACCCGCGCCGACACCCGUCUCCUGUGCCCUGGCACCACACGCUGCACGGCCGCUAUCCUCCUUCUCCGUAUCACUUGCAAGCGUGGGAAAUACAGGGAGACACACGACCGCUUCUUGUACCUGGGAUGUCGGCUGGGUCGGCGAGGAACGUGUAGGAGGUGCUGUAGGUAAGAGGGUAGCGGGAUUCUGGGAUGGUGUGGGGAGGAUCGCACAAACCGAAGGGGUGGGCGCUCUAUGGAAGGGUGUCGGGACAACAUUAAUUAUGUCCGUUCCCGCCCAAACGCUAUACAUGUUGACAUACAGCAACCUCCUCCUCACCCUUCCCCCAUCACCGACAUUCACCCCGCUCGCCGCAGGCAUGCUCUCCCGCACCCUCAUCACCACCCUCUUCUCUCCACUCGAACUCGUCCGUACACGUCUGCAAGCCACGCCUCCCCCCGGCGCGAAGCGAGUGACUCUUGCGCAUACCCUCGCCCAUCUAAGGGAGAGCGUACAAGUGAGCGGAAUGAGUACCCUCUGGCGCGGUCUCGCCCCCUCCCUGUGGCGAGACGUACCUUUCUCAGGAGUAUACUGGCUCCUGCAGCACAACAUCACCCUUUCCCUCGCACCCCAACUACCGAAUUACCUGCUCGGUGCACCCCUCGCCUUCGUCUCCGGAUUCGGUGCUGGCUCUCUUGCCUCCCUCCUCACCAACCCGUUCGACGUACUCAAAACUCGUCGCCAGACAGCAGCCCUUCCAGUGGAGAUGGGAACCAUACGCGCCAUCACAAGUAUCGCAAGACGAGAAGGCGCUCGUGCGCUCUGGGUCGGCGUGGGGCCUAGGACGGCGAAGAUUGCCCCGGCUUGUGGAAUAAUGAUUGCUUGUUAUGAGGGCGUAGCGAGGCUCGUACCUUGA